UCAAGCACACCCUAAAAGCUUUUAAAAAAAAAAAAAACUAAUACGUCAUGAGGAUGAUAUCUCCCAUUAUCUUCAUCUUUUCUCUCCUGCUUUCCUCCAGCCAUGCUGCUGUGCAGGACUUCUGUGUCGCUGACCUCACAGCUCCUGAAAGCCCCACAGGCUACGCUUGCAAGAAGCCUGAACAGGUCACGGUGGCUGAUUUUGUUUUCUCCGGCCUAGGCGUUGCCGGAAACACCUCAAAUAGUAUAUUUAAAGCUGCAAUCACCCGCGCAGUUGCCUCGCAGUUUCCCGGUUUGAACGGGCUUGGAAUUUCUUUGGGUCGUCUGGACUUGGCGCCUGGUGGAGUUGCGCCAUUACACACACAUCCUGGAGGUACUGAAGUCGCACAUGUUGUGCGAGGGUCAAUCACCGCUGGGUUUAUUUCCUCUGCUAAUAAAGUUUACUUUAAAACUCUUAAGGAGGGUGACAUCAUGGUUUUCCCUCAAGGAUUACUACACUUCUUAGCGAAUGCCGGAGGAAUUCCAGCCGUAGCAUAUGCUAGCUUCAGUAGUGAAAACCCAGGUCUCCAGAUUGUGGACUUGGCUUUGUUUGGAAACAAUUUACCCACUGAAUUGGUGGCAGCAAUAUCUUUCCUUGACAUUCCUCAGAUUAAGAAGCUUAAGAGCGCUCUUGGUGGCACUGGUUAA